AUGGCGCUCUCACCAAAGUUAACUCGAUAUUUGAUUAUUCUUUUUGUUGCCCUAGGAAGUCUUACGUAUGGCUAUUGCGCGAGCAUUAUAGCCACGACACUAGGACAACCCUCAUUCAUCACCUAUUUCGAACUGGAUACGCGAUCAGACGCAGCUGACUUGAUGGGUGCCAUCAACGGGCUCUUUCAGACUGGUGGUCUCUUCGGGACUUUAUCCUGCAUCACAACUGCGGAUAAAUUUGGAAGAAGAAUGGCCAUGCUAAUUGCCUGUGUAUUCUCCAUCGUCGGUGGCGGUCUGCAAGCUGGGAGCGUUAAUAUUGGAAUGUAUAUUGCUAUGCGGUUUAUUACGGGGGUCGGGAUCGGUGGACUGGUGACCCUCGUCCCGCUAUAUCAAAGCGAGAUUGUGCCACCUCGAAUUCGUGGACUUCUGGUGGGGAUGCAUGGGGUUCUUAUCUGUGUCGGAUACGCCUCUGCGAGCUGGAUAGGUCUUGGUUUCUACUUUGUCCAGGCUUCAGGCGCCCAAUGGCGCAUACCCCUCGCGAUUCAGUGCAUCCCACCAUUGAUUCUGGCUCUUGGUGUGAUGUUCCUCCCCGAAUCUCCUCGAUGGCUUCUUGCGCAAGACCGCAUGGACGAAGCCUACAAAUCAUUCAAAACGACACGAGCGGAAACAACCGAUACCAUAUUUUCAGAUGAGGUAGCAAUACGUGCCGAGUUUGACCUGCUACACGGCCAAUUAAUUCACGAGAAGCAAAAUCACAUUUCUUUUCUGGAUCUCUUUCGACAUACGUCUCUUCGCAAACGAUGCAUCAUCGGCUUCAUUACAAUGUUUGGAGCGCAAGGCACGGCCACGCUCGUCAUAAACAACUAUGGUCCGUCACUAUACUCAAGCUUAGGUUUUGGCACUGUUCAGCAGCUCCUCAUUCAAUCAGGGUGGAUCUCUGUUUGUCCUUUCGGUAAUUGGAUCAACGCUCUGGUUGUAGAUAAGAUCGGUAGAGUUCGAAUGCUACUGUUUGGCUUCUGUGGUACUGUGAUUGCCCUUAUCGGAGAAUGCAUAACUGUCGACGCAUUCCAGAGGACAGGCCACAGGAGUGCUGCAUCUGCUGCAGUGUUCUUUCUGUUCCUUCACAUUGGCUUCUUCUCUUCUUCCGUCGAUGCCACCUCCUAUAUCUACGCUGCAGAGAUCUUCCCAACUCCUGUUAGAGCGAAAGGACUAGCAGUGUCGAUCUCUGGGUUAUUUAUUGCCACUAUCAUCUUCCUACAAGCAGCACCAACGGCAUUCGCAUCAAUUGGCUGGAAAUAUUAUAUUGUUUUCAUUGUCAUUACGAGCAUCUUCGCAGUAGUCAUCUUCUUUUACUUCCCAGAGACCAAAGGCCGCUCCCUCGAAGAUAUCGGAGAAGUUUUUGGAGAUGAAGUUGAUCCCGUUGGUUUGUCGCCUAAGGAGGGUGAUAACUUUGGCGAAAGUAAGAGUGGUAAUCAAAUGCGAGUUGAGACGGUAGACAAAUAA